GAUACAGGGCCCUGCCAAGGCAACCUACGCCUCUGCUUCCUCUUAAAGUACUUAUAAUUUGAAAUAUAUUUCUAAUUUAAUAAUAAAAAUCUUUUCACUGAUAUUCACUAAAAUUAUAUUUAUGCUUUUAAUUAAAAGAUACUGCUGGGCUUUAUGCUGUGAGGUUUAAAAUGUGUUAAAGUGUAUGUCAUGUCUGUUACGUAACAAUAUAUAAAUAUAAGAUGAAUAUUUAUGUAAUUAAAAAAAUAUAUGGAUAUGGACAUAAAAAAAAUGUUUAAUAUACAGAAUACUUUCACAGAGACCAUCCCAAGAUUCUUUUCACUCGAGUCAAGUUACUAAAACCAGCAAUUCUACAAAUACUCAAGAAAUGGGCAAACAAAAAAAACAAGGUAGAAAAUGGCGUCAGAACAAGAUACAUAAGUUCAAUGAUAAAUUAAAAGAGCAUAAAGAAACACAAAAUAAAAUUGAGAAACUGAAAAAGGUGUUUGAUGAGCUCCGCAAUCAUAGUGCAAGUAGUAUAAAUUUGCAUGUGGAUGAGACAGUUAUAGUACUAGACGAUACAGUUGUUGAAAGUGAAAGUAACAAAAGGAAACUGUCCGAACCAAAUAUUUUAGAACCAAAUAAAUGUAUGAAAUUAGAAACUGACAAUCCUGUUGUGAUACCUGAUGAUGAUGUCCUAAUCAUAAGUAACACUCCUAGGAAAAACUUGAAUACAGCACCCAAGGAUUGCUCAACGCCAAUUUUAAAAUGUAGUACUAAUACUUCUUGUAAUAACAACAAUGAAGAAGAAGAAAAUUUCAACAAUGAUAUCAAUGACUUAACCAGAGAAAUUAACAAGGAUUCAUAUUUAACAAUUGAUUUAACAUCUGAAUCGAAUGCAAAUAAUACACAAUUGGGUAAUACCGUUAUUGAUUUAGACAACACAAAUGAUGCCCAGGACUGCACUUUUGUUUCAACAAGUAACACAAGUUUAUCUAUUAGUGGAGAGUCGGAUGUUACCGUACUUCGCAAUACAAAGAGGAAAAAAGUUGCCGGGAAGAGUAUGAGCAGUUUUGUCAAUGGUAUUGCAAAAAUGAAUGCUUCAGAAAAAGGCAAAUUGUUAGAAUUGAUUACUCAAAACAUUUUCAAUGGAUGUAAAGUACCUAAAAGGAUCAAAAGAAAUAUCUCAGUUAUUAAGGAACAAGUUGAUCAAGCUACAGAAACUGUACAAGAUACAUAUAUAAAAGAGGUGAUCUUAGGUGAAAGACAAUCUAGAAAUAGUAUAGGCAGUAAUAUAUAUAACCCUGAAAAAGAGAAGCAAAAGCAGUCAGGAUUACGAAUGAUUGUUAUAGAUGGUAGCAAUGUGGCUAUGGAACAUGGCAAUGGCAGAGUGUUUUCAGUGAAAGGUCUGAAAAUUUGCAUAGACUAUUUCCUGAGGCGUGGACAUGUAGUCAAGGCGUUUGUGCCUCGAUUCAGAUGUAAGUGGGGCAAGAGUAGUGAGCCGCGGCUGCUGGACGAGCUCGAGCGGCGCGGCCUGGUCGUGUACACGCCCUCCAGGGAGAUACAGGGCCGGAUGGUCACCUCGUACGACGAUAGGUACAUUGUGCAAUGUGCGGCCGAAUUCGACGGCAUCAUAGUGUCCGGCGACAACUAUAGAGAUCUACUGAAAGAGAAUCCAAGAUGGCGAUUCGUCAUCGAAAACAGAGUUUUACCGUUCACGUGGGUAAACGACAUGAUCAUGUUCCCGCGGGACCCGCUGGGGAGGAACGGACCUUCCCUGGAGGCGUUCCUGAAACAUCCUCCGCAAUCCCAAGUACCGCCGAGUGUUGUUAUACGAUGAAAAAAAAAUGAUUGUACAUUUUCUAAACUGUAUCAACUCGUAAGAAAAGCGGUACCUCUAAAAAGCAUUUUUCUUUUUAACUUUAAAUUUAUCAUUCAUUGAGUUACCUUAUGCAAGAAAAACAGAUUGUUUCUUUUAUAUAUCGCUUUUUG